AUGUCGCAGGCCAGAGCCACCACCGCAGACUACGCUCUGGGGCCCUUUACUGUUACUGUCGACACGGACGCGUCCUCUGUAACAAUUGUUAAUGGUGUCGGAGAUCAAGUCUGGAAAUGUGGCGUCGGCCGCGGCGAGGAGCCCGUCACCACGUACUUCAACGAGAAUGCCUCAAUCUCGGGUGCCUUCGAUGGUGGCUCACUACUCACGACAUAUACUGAUGUAGGCUCUCUUACGACCUCGCACGGCCGCUGGGUCGUUCUGGACGGGACCAAAUGGCUGGAUGGCCGUGCCGCCAAGAGUAACCCGUUGCUGGAGGCGACGAACGCAUUAGCGAAAGUCACUGGACGUCAGCCGGAGUCACCGGAUUGGUCUCAUGACGGAGCGAUCCUGGGCGGGCAGGACUUCGUGGAGGAAGUCGUUCAGAAUGAUCUUAGCGCGAAUAUGCCACUCAUGAGCGUGUGGCUACAGAACUGGCCCGGGACGCGACUUCAGACGGGUGCGUAUGGCGUCUCGCUCCACCGAUUGUGGUGGAACUGGGAGCCUGACAUGACGCUGUAUCCGACGUGGGCUAGGUGGGUGCCCCACCUGCAAUCUACGUCUGGUGUGCGUACCAUGAGCUACAUCAACACGUUCCUGACUAACGUGAGCACGAAGAGCACGGGAUACAACACGAGUUUCUACGAGAUCGCAGUCAGUGAGGGACGCUUCGUUGCCAAUGCACAGCCGGCGAUGGUAAAGCAAUACUACUCGGUGCCAAUCUCCGGUAUGAUGCAGGAUUGCGGUGAGUAUCUUUCCGUGGACGACUCGCAGCACUCUUCAUGUCGGUGCUUCGGGACUCACUCUGACAUCGGUGGCUACACGAACACAUCGGCCACGGUGGGAAGUAUCACUCGUAACACUGCGCUGCUGGGUCGUUGGGGGGAGCUCGGCGCGUUCAGCGGCACGGCCUUCCGCACUCAUGAAGGUAACAUUCCGCAGAUGAACGCCCAGGCCUUCAAUGCUCGUCUGUUCCGAAGCCUCAACCCGUACCGGUUGCCGUUGCUGGACGAGUACCAGAUGAACGACUGGCCUCUUGUUCGCCACCCAAUGGUGUACUCAUCAAACGACUCAGUCGCGCGUGCCGUCAUCGCUGGCUGGGCGAGGCUCUUCGACAGCCAGGGCACAACGGUCAACUCGACGGCCUUCGCGUACAAGCACUUGUGGAGUGGAGAGGAAUUUGCACCCGGUCAGACCGUCAGAGUCGAUGCGUCUUGGGGGAAACCGGGCGUAUUCAUGCGCUGGCCCGUGACUGAGAAGGAGGGCUUGCAGCUGCAGCAGCUUUGGGAGUUCGUCGUCGCCGAGAACGCGACCGCACUAUUAACAGAGGCGUAA